AUGCGCACUUCCAACCGGACGCCUUCCCACGGCAUCGACGAGGCCGCCGUCGUGGAAAAAGACAUACGUGCGAGGAUUCCGUUGAGGUGGGAGUUCUUUUCAACGGAGAUGUUUGUUCGCGACAGAAGUGGAGGACCACAGAUUCCCGCAAUUGGCAGACAGGACAGCUUGUGUGCGGUCCCGCUAAUCUGCUCUUUCCGAUGGAUCCGGGAGAUGAACCAAGAAAGCGCAGUGACCAGAGAUGUCAAGUGUCCCGGAACGACUAGCAUCACUGGGCAUGAAGUAUCGUUCCAGGGCGUGGUGCGCAACAUGGUCUUCACUCUCAAAGGGCUUACCUUUCGGCGGGAUGUUUGGGUCUGCGACCAGCUGGACAGUCUGUACGAUUUCGUUUUCGGAGCCAGCUUCAUCAAGCAAAACUUCAGGCUACUUUUCCAGAAGAUGUUCCGGGGCGCGAAGAAUAUCUUUGCUGGUUGGUUUACGAAGAGGAAAGAGACUCCAGAAGAGAAAAGGGAGGCAGAGGCUUUGAGAGCCAAGCAGGAAUCAGAAGCAGAUAUCCUGGAGAAGGCCCGCCAGGCCAGGCAAGCUGAAGAGCGUGAGAAGAGAAAGCAGGCCAGCAUACAUGAGACGAAUGCUUCGUCUUUGUAG